AUGGAUAAACAACCAACAUUAUUCGAAAGUUUACCUGUUGAACUUUUUCAUGUUAUUUUUGAAUAUUUGGCACCUCAUGAUCUCUUUAUGACUUUUAAUAAUCUCAAUCAACGAUUUACAUGUAUACUUGCUCGACAACCACUUUUUAUACCAAAUAAUCGAAAUAUGAACAUAAGUCUCUAUUUCGAUUAUCUGACUUCAAUUAUACCAAAUCAUCUAUCACAAAUUGUUUAUCUUCAUCUAUCAGAACGAUAUGCUCCACAUGCACUUGAUUAUUUUAUUUCAACAGUACCACUUGAAGCACACAAUUGGCCUGCAUUAAAAGCUGUUGUCAUUGAAGAUGUUCCAUUUCAUGCACUUGAAACAUUAUUAGAUGAUAAUUUUCUUUUAUCAAAAGCUCAUUUUCUUUCAAUUGAUAUUGGUGUUGAUCGAUAUCAUCAUUCAGAAUACAAUAACUAUGAUUUCGACAUUAUUCUUCCAAUACUCGAAUAUUUACCUGAACUACGAUCACUUUACAUACGGAUGCAUGAUCAUACGCUCAGUAAUCAUUCUUUUGCCAUCGAUCGAUAUUGUCCACCAAUGAUUAUUCAUCAAAAUUUACAUACACUUAUGAUUCAUGAGUGUUCGAGAGAAUUGUUAGUUUUAAUGUUAAACGAUGGUCAUCUAUCUCAAUUACAUCGUUUACAUGUUUCACUUGCGUGUUCACAUGAAGCUCUAGAAGUUGAACCACCAUGUCCAACACCAUUAAAAUCAACAUCAGUACCUCAACUACGGUAUAUUAGUAUUCACAUAAUGGUUGGUCUCGCUUGGAUUUUAAAUUAUUUUGAAGAACUUCAACGUCAUAGUCAACUUGAAUAUCUGAAGAUAUCAGGUCAUGUAAGAUUUACUUUAAAUAAUUGUGUUCCACGAGUAUCUGCAUUAAAACGAUGGUUACUCUUGAAUAAAUUAAAAGGAUUUAAAUUUGAAAUGAAAUUAUUAGUCGAUGCUACAAUUGAUGCAUUAAAAAUUCAAAAGCGUAUAGUUAAAGAAUAUAACAAAGCUAUUGGUAUUAAAAAAACAACAUAUCAUCGAAGUAUUAAUCUUAAUUAUUCAGCAUUAAAUAAAACAUAUAAGAAUAAUAAAGAUCCUCGAGUUGAACUUUUCGAUCAACUCGAAGACGUCGAUGAAUAUGCUGUUAAAAUGGAACUUAUGGAAAUGGAUUAUAUCAGUGAUGCAUUGCUCGAAUAUCUUCAAUCAAUUGAUCGUUGGCAUUGUUUAAGAAAAAUAAUUCUUACAAGUGAUAUUCUGGAUGUGAUAUCUGAAACGAUUGGUGAAAAUAUCCCACUUUUACUUCAUAUUGCUCAACGUGCACCAUAUCUUCGUGAAUUUUCUAUUGAAGGAAAUUUAAAAUUAGGUCGUAUAAUGUCAUCAAGUGUUCAACUUGGUAUUUUAUUUAUGUCUCAAAUUGAAAUCUUUUCUUAUGCUGCACAAAAUUCUAAUUGUUUACUUGGUGAUCUUGUUAAAAUUGUUGAUAGACUUUUUGCUCAUUCCUCUUCAUCAUCAUUAUCACCUAUCUUGAAAGAAUUAACAUUAAAUAUUGAUGGACCUCCAAGUUCAUGGCUUACUGUUGAUCAUCUAUUUGUUCAUAUUGAAAAGAUAUUAGAUCGUUUUCCAGCACUGAUUCAUUUUACAUUAAAUUGUCAACAUGAUGCUAGAUCUCCAAAUGAUACUUAUAAUUUAUUGAAAUUAGCUCCAUUAUGGCGUCAGCGAUUAUUAGAGUCUCGACCAUAUUUAAUUAAUUCAUUAGAAUAUCGAUAUAAAACAGAUUUACUAGAGAUUUGGUUGUGA